AUGGCAGACGCGCAUGAAUUUACACCGCUGCCUGCACUCCAGCGUCUGAGUGCACAACGGACGUAUGCAAUGUUCGGCUCCGAGUCUCUGGAUACCCUCCCAGAGAAUGACCAAGUCGCAAAAAUGAGAACAGCGAUUCGAAUAAGGAACGAGUACAAAGAUUACACGUCCCUCCCCGCGGUUUUGCUCUCACAGCAAACACCAGUUGGUCCCGCAAAACCAAAACACUUGGCUAUUACCGCUGGACCUGGACAAGCGGCAGCGAACAACGACCGCGCGUUGACGCUCGCACCUUCGCCGCUAAAUGGGUCUGGUUUGAACGGCACUUCGCCAGCAAACAACCUCGCAGUCGGCUCUUUGGCGACGAGCACAAGCUUUGCAAAGGCAUUGGCGAUGCACAAGCAAGUGAAGACUGUCAAGCCUGCCUACCAUCCACCGUGGAAGCUGGUCCGCGUUAUCUCUGGUCAUCUCGGCUGGGUGAGAAGUAUUGCUGUCGAACCUGGAAACAAAUGGUUUGCUACUGGAGCUGGCGACCGUGUCAUCAAGAUUUGGGAUUUGGCGUCUGGAGAACUUAAACUGUCGCUGACAGGUCACAUCUCUACUGUUCGAGGGCUGGCUGUCUCCGGACGACAUCCAUACCUUUUCUCUGCAGCCGAGGAUAAGAUGGUCAAAUGCUGGGACCUCGAGUCUAAUAAAGUCAUACGACAUUACCAUGGGCAUCUCUCAGGAGUAUAUACUCUCAGCUUGCACCCAACCCUCGACGUCCUUGUGACUGCAGGACGUGAUGCUGUCGCCAGAGUAUGGGAUAUGCGGACAAAGGCCCAAGCCAUGCUCCUGUCUGGGCAUACGGCGACGAUCGCCGAUGUCAAAUGCCAGGAUGCAGAUCCUCAGGUCAUCACUGGAAGCAUGGACACGACGGUUCGAUUAUGGGAUCUGGCCGCUGGAAAGACGAUGGUGCAGCUCACCCAUCAUAAAAAGUCGGUUCGAACAUUGGCCAUCCAUCCACAAGAAUACUCGUUUGCCAGUGGCUCAGCUGGUGGGAACAACAUCAAGAAGUGGAAGUGUCCAGAGGGUACUUUUGUGCACAACUUCUCUGGACACAAUGCGAUCAUCAAUACACUUUCGGUCAACGAAGAUGGCGUCUUGUUCUCCGGCGGGGAUAAUGGUACCCUGACAUUUUGGGAUUACGGAACCGGAGUCCCUUUCCAAAACUUGGAUGAUAUUCCACAGCCAGGAUCACUGGAGGCAGAAGCAGGGGUAUUCUGUUCCACAUUCGAUCUCUCUGGUUCACGACUUCUCACGGGAGGCGCUGACAAGACGAUAAAGGUAUAUGCAGAGCAAAACAAGUAG